AUGACUGAAGCGGUCCCUAGAAAGAGCUCAUUAGGCUUCUUCAACCCUUUCAAGUCAAGGUCUGGUAGCCGGUCGAGUUCAAGAGAUGCUUCCGUUUCCGGCCUGAGCUUUGACGAGGUCAAGCUCGACCAGAAGUCUGCAACCCUCACCAUGCGCCUCAGAAAGACAUCAAGUCCCGCCGAUUCCGCUAGAAGCUCUAGGGCAGGGUCCAAGAAGAACAGUCUCGAUCAAUCUCGGUCGUUUCGACAAGCCUCAUUCCCUGCCAUCACUGUUGCCGAUGAGUGGGAAAGAGAUGCGCAGACCGGCGAACGAAAAGACCAUACAGAAAUGCUGCACAGUCUAGCACAUCGUGAAUCAGAGGAUUCUCUCGCUGAAAAGGCUCAUCUCUUGUUUGCUGGAAUCCCGCCACAACCCGCAACUAAUUUCCAGGCCAGACUCCCGGACGCCGUUUGGAAAAGAGUAGUGGAACUCCUGGAUCCAGCGGAUAGAGCAAGUCUUGCCCUCUCUUGCAAGCCAUUCCGGAACCUACUUGGGCCGGAAGUAUGGACAAUCCUGAACGCGCCGGAGAAUCGUGACGCAAAAGCCGACUUCCUUGCAUAUUUGGAUCAGGUAUUGCCGGAUCACCUACUGUGCUUCCCUUGUGGGAUAUACCACAUCCGGACACAAAAAGGACAAGAGAUUUUACGUCCCACCAACAUCUCAAAUCCUAUUUUCAAUUGUCCCAACGCCUUCAAUGCCGAGAACAAAGUGUCGCGGCAGAGGAUCACAGUCGGUCGCUCAUUGCCGUUCCCAUUCGUCCAACUCCUUCUGCGGGCGCACAAAUACUCGAAGGAACACGGUAUUCACAUUGACACUAUGUCGCGUCGAUACAAGGACCGAGAUGGAGAGUGGUCUCAUCAGGUUCGCUAUGCCAUUGUCAAUGGCCACCUACUUGUUCGGGUGAUCAGCUCAGCAUUUGCAACCCCGGCACUCCCGCCUGCAGGGCUCCGGAGGCUUCUCUAUUCCCACGGCGACAAUUUUCAUCCGUAUUUCUCAGUGUGCGCUCAUUGGAGGGAUGGCAAUCUCAUGCCUUCUGUGAAAUGUGCUUUGAGCCACAUUCCCAAACCACCGGACGGGAGUGGUAUCGCCGGUGCCGCGGCAAAGGUACAAUAUCAUAUGCACAGGCCCAGUCCCCUCAUCACACUGUGCUCUGAAUGUCGUCCCAUGCGGCGGUGUCCAGAAUGCCCGACGGAAUAUCUUAUUGAACUGAGGAUGCAGGAGGACAAAAGCGAUCCAAUGAAAUUAUUCAAGCAUGCCAUUGUUAUAACUCGGUGGAGCGAUCUCGGAGACGGAUCUUCACCCAAGAGUCUGGAAUGGGCAGCCUGCAAUGGGGAAGCAGAAUUCGAUUCAUUUGCGGCCCUCGGGAAGCGUGCAGUUUCUGGAGUAUUCGAAUCACAGUUCACCGUGGACCAAAUACCCGGCCAGAAGAUGGUUUCAAUGAAUCCAAACAAGGAAAAGCGCGGCGAGGCAGGGCAUAAUUGGUAUUAA